GUUCCGGCGCCGCUCGGGCCCUUUGGAGGCGGCCGCGGGGCCGGGAGGCAGCAGCGGGCUGGAGGCGAGCGGCGGCGGCGGCCCGGGGGGGCGGCGGAGAGGCGCUGGGGAGGGAGAAGCAGCAUGGCGCGCGGCUCGCGGCUCGAAGCUCUUGCCCUGCAGCCUCCAGGAAAGCCGCCUCUCUUCUGGUGAACCGGACCCGGCUCUGUUUCUCCGCCGCAUGCCCGCUCGCGAGCGCUGGAUUAUGUUCGUCUCCUUCUCCCUCUGCUCCAUCGUUUGGCUGAAUCGCGGCUUCAAGCUGAGGAAAAGGGGCUGCACCUAAGCACGCCGGGACCGGGCUCCUGAGGCGCCGCUUCGCGCAGGGACCUCGGGAGUGCCGAUGGGGGAGAGCUGCCCCUGAGGGCUCUCCUCUCCGCCCCAAAGCGCGCCGCCUCGCCGCUCGGAGCCGCUCUCCCCGUGGCCGAGAGGAUGGGCAGCACCGACGGCUUCCAGUACCGCGCGCUCUACCCCUACCGCAAGGAGCGCGAGGAGGACAUUGACCUGGUGCCCGGCGACAUCCUGGUGGUCAGCAAGGGGGCCCUGCAAGCCUUGGGCUUCAAGGACGGGGACGAGCAGAACCCCAACCAGAUCGGGUGGAUCCUGGGCGUCAACGAGCGGACCAAGCAGAAGGGCGACUUCCCCGGCACCUACGUGGAGUACGUGGGGCCCGUGAAGAUCUCCGUCCCUUCGCACCGGCCCCGAGUGCAGAGACCCCUGCCCGCGACACCGGGGGCCGGCGGCUGCCGGCUGCAGGAGGCUCCGGAGCAAGGGUCUCCUCUCCCCGACCUGCAGGAGCAGUUCAGUCCCCCGGAGAUCGCGCCGCCGCUGCUGGUGAAGCUGGUGGAAGCUAUCGAGAAGAAAGGGUUAGACAGCGAGAUGUUGUACAGGACAUCUGGCUCCGAACUGAGGCAAGCUCUGAGAACCGACUGGAGCCUGGGCGACCUGGAGCCCUUCGACGUGCACUCCCUGGGCGAGGCGCUGCGCGGCUACCUGCAGGACCUGCCCUCCCCCGUGGUGCCCGUGUCGGUGCACGGCGACAUCCUUCGCGUCCUGCAGGAGGUCCCCCAGCCGGAGAAUUGCCGGAAACAGCUGCUGCUGGCCCUGGAGUCGCCUGCGGUCCCGCUCCAGAACACGCUCACCCUGCAGUUCCUGCUCCGGCAUCUGGGGAAGGUAUCACAGCAGGCCGAGAGCAACAACCUCCACCCUCGGGCCCUGGGAGAGAUCUUCGGCCCCCUUCUCCUCCGGCUGCCUGGCGCCAGCCCAGAGCUGAGCCCUGACUUCUCCGUGCUUUUUCUGGAGAUGCUUCUGCAGCUGAAGGAGUUGGAGCCGGAACAGUUGCCUCCAGCGUUGCCUCCAAAACCACCUAAGCCAAAGCCCAGCGCCGCCAGCCUGGCCAACGGGAACAGCGUGCCCUUGCAGGACGCCGAGUGGUACUGGGGUGACAUUUCCCGGGAGGAAGUGAACGAGAAGCUGCGGGACACGCCGGACGGUACCUUCCUGGUGCGGGAUGCUUCCAGCAAGAUCCAGGGCGAGUACACGCUCACGCUCAGGAAAGGGGGCAAUAACAAGCUGAUCAAGAUCUUUCACCGGGAAGGGAAGUACGGCUUCUCGGAGCCCCUGACUUUUGGCUCGGUGGUGGAGCUCAUCACACAUUACCGGCACGAGUCGCUCGCCCAGUACAACGCCAAGCUGGACACGCGGCUGCUCUACCCCAUCUCCAAGUACCAGCAGGACCAAGUGGUGAAAGAGGACAGCGUGGAAGCCGUGGGAGAGCAGCUGAAAGUCUAUCACCAGCAGUACCAGGACAAGAGCUGGGAGUACGACCUGCUGUACGAGGAGUACACGCGCACGUCCCAGGAGCUGCAGAUGAAGAGGACGGCAAUCGAGGCCUUCAACGAGACGAUCAAGAUCUUUGAGGAGCAGUGUCAGACGCAGGAGAAGUGCAGCAAGGAGUACAUCGAGCGCUUCCGGCGGGAGGGCAAUGAGAAGGAGGUGCAGCGGAUCCUCAUGAACUCGGAGAAGCUCAAAUCUCGCAUCACGGAGAUUCAUGACAGCAAGAUGAAGCUGGAGCAGGACCUGAAGAAACAGGCCUCGGAAAACCGGGAGAUCGACAAGCGCAUGAACAGCCUCAAGCCAGACCUCAUGCAGCUGCGCAAACUGCGGGACCAGUACUUGGUGUGGCUGACGCAGAAGGGUGCCCGGCAGAAGAAAAUCAACGAGUGGCUGGGCAUCAAGAACGAGACAGAGGAUCAGUACUCCAUGAUGGAUGACGAGGAGGAGCUGCCUCAUCACGAGGAGCGGACGUGGUAUGUGGGGAAGAUCAACCGCCUGCAGGCCGAGGAGAUGCUGUGCGGCAAGCGGGACGGCACCUUCCUGAUCCGCGAGAGCAGCCAGAAGGGGUGCUACGCCUGCUCCGUGGUGGUGGAUGGUGACACCAAGCACUGCGUCAUCUACAAGACGGCGUCUGGCUACGGCUUCGCGGAGCCCUACAACCUCUACGCCUCCCUCAAGGACCUGGUCUUGCACUACAAGCACACGUCCCUGGUGCAGCACAAUGACUCCCUGAAUGUCACGCUGGCUCACCCGGUCCUUUCCCAGCCACCUGCCAGAUGAGCAGCCCAUGCACAACACAACAGCUGCCUUCAGCUUCUCCCCAGGGCACUGCUUUCUGGCUCUGGACUCUUGCACCCUGUAUAGUUGAGUCUCUGUGCUCCUGCCCCUCCAGAGCCUCCGAGAUGUCUGUGACCGUUCCUGGUGUCCCUUUUUGGUCAGUAGCUGAAACCCGUGUUGGCUGAUGGGACAAAAAGCCUGGGCUGUUGACUCCCAGUGGGCUCCGGUCCUUAGGAGGUGGGAUCCAGUUGUAAUUGAAUCGCUGUGGGCGAGCACAGCCCUUCCCCUUCCCCGACAAACAGGUCAGACCCCUUCUUGCUGGCAGGUUGCCCCGCUAUGCAUCACCGUAGAGCUAGAUCCUGAUUCCCCUGCGCUGUGGUGCAGGUCACUGCCCCGGCCCAGCGGCCGCUGGCGCUGCUCUGGGCGAGGGGCUCCCUGCCCGGGCGCUGGAGAAGGCAGAGGAGGAGCCUCGGCCGAGCGUACGCGUCCUCCGCUCUCACUUCCCUCGGUGACUUCGCGGGCUGGGGUGGGAGCUGGUGUCUGGUACGAGGGCUGCUGCUCUUUUGUGCAGGGACUCAUUUCAGAAAGAGAAAAGCGCGUCCGUGGGGCGGCGGGCGUGCCGGGGAGGGGGGCUUCGUGGCCGAGGUCCCCGCUCUGUGCUGUGCCCCUUCCCACUCUUGGUCCCUGGUGUCGUAGCCACCUCCUGAGCGUUGCUGCCUGGGGAGGGAGGACCCUGUCAGCGACGAAUCUCUCACCUUAGUUGUGCCACCCAAGCUGUGAAACCCGCGUUGGUACCUGUGUCUUUCCCGGCAGAAUCUGUGGGGCGCACAGCUCUUUGUUCCUGGUUGUCUUUGGUGAAUCUCUGCGAGCGUAACCCGUUGAAGCUAUGACUGUAGCUCUGUAAAUAUGGUUCUUUUUGUAAUCAGCUGCUUUCCUAGUACCGGCGUGUGCUGAGCUCCCACUACGACCUGCAAGCGCGUGGGCAGCAGCCGGCCGGGCUGCUGCAGGCUCGGGUCCUGCCAGCUGGAGCAGGAGGGGGCUGGAGCCCGACGCACACUACGAGCCCUACGCAAAAUGAAGGACCUCUCCGCUGCAGGAGGACGGUAUCUCCGCUGGGCCUAGGGCCUCAGCACGUAGAAAUGUAUAUGCAUGAUGUCGAACUGUGUAUGCAAAGCACUUAUAUUCAUGAGUACUGUAUGGGGACUGGGGGGGGGAGGGUCGCUGUAGGGGUGCCCCUCGCAGCUGGCCGGCGCGGGCAGGGCUUGUGGCGUCUUUGCAGAAAAUGCUGAGUGCAGAGGGCGCGGGGUAAAGGAGGAGGUGCGGGGUGGCCCUGGCGGGGCUUUAAAAGCUGCACCCGAGCCUGUGAGCUGAGGCCGUGGUGGUUUCUGCUUUACGGGCUUAUCCUGUCUGCCUGGAAAGCGUUGAUCGUCCUCUUGAUUUGCCUGAGAGGCUCUUCCCCUUCCCUUCCCGAGACCUCCGGAAGGGCUGGGGGAUGCUGUCGGCUUUGCUGCUUCUGCUUCGCGUUGCGGCUCGCUCUGCAGGGCGCCCUGCACGCUCGGUGCCGGAGCACGGUGCGUUCGCAUGUGCUGUGCCCGCGUCCCGUCCUCUGUGCACCACCUGCGGCAGGUUCUGCCCUGUUCCUGCCGCUCGCUCUCCUUCUUCCCCCGGUCACCUCAGCUGCUCGCGCGGGUCCGGGACGGUUCCCAGAUCCUUUUGGAUCCUUUGGUGGUCUGGGGUUGUUGGAGCAAACGUCACGUUCCCCUUGUUUGUGGCAGCUCUCCCACGCUCAGCUGUACAGACCCCGCUCCCUGCUCUGUGUGCCCUGGGCUCUAUUUUGGGGUUCCCCUCUUUUGUCAGUGUUCGGUACUAUCGCUCGGGGGAUCGCUUGGCAAAAGCCAUCGGUGGCAGUUCAGGGAAUGGUUUGGGCUCAGACACACGAGAUGGGGGCAGGUGGGAGCAGGGCCGGCAGCCCCCGUGCUCGGAGCGCAGACACGGAGCCCUCCCAGGGUCUGUGGGGUGCUGGGACACCCCAAAGCCUUGGGCCGGGCUCCUGCCCUGCAGGGUGGGCUGCAGCCAACGGCUCCUCCAGCCCCUCGCCCCUCCACAACCCCCACCUAAGUGAGCUCGGGGCCGCUCCCACGCCAGCCACCGCGUCCGGGAGCGUCGCUGCUCCAGCCGCUCUCGGUGCUUCCCCUGGGCUUUGCUGGCCGAGGAAAUUCCAGCUUCCCGUGACAGCGUUGGGUUUUUUCUUUUACCCUCCCGGCCAAAUUUCUGUUUCUCCCCACGCUGUCCCUUUCCAGCCCGCAGCUGCAGCUUCUUCCCCACCACGGCGGCGUGGGCAGCUCGGUGUCAGCUCAGCAGGGCAGUGGUGGCCCCGCUGCGUCUUCCAGCGCCGCCGUCGCUGCCUGCCCGUGCACGUCACUGCGGCCGGAGCCGCGGGGCUGGCCCCAGCAGGGCUGUGCUCGUGGUCUUGCGUGCAACGAGGAGGAACAGGCCCUUCCCCGGGGCUGCCAUUUCCCCGACAGUGCUCGACUUGGCUCUCAGAACCGCUGCUUUGCCCCUCUCUCCCUCUCGGGUGGAAGAACCAAGCCCCGAGCUCCCUGCAGCGCAGCUCCCCCGGAAUAAGCUAGUUUGUGAUUUGUCUUUUGAUGCUUUCGCUCGUGCUGUCCGCGCCUGCGGGUUAACCAGGUAGUGAUGUGUUUUCGAGGCCCUGGGCUGUGCUUUGCUGCUUGUCACCCGCAUGUCCCCCACCCAACCGCGUGCCCACGUCCCAUGGGUGCACCGCAGCCGUCCCUGCUCCCCGGGGCACAGCUCGGCCCUUCGAGGGGGCGAGGGCAGCCCCCAGCAUCGCGGCGAGGUCCCAAGAAACACGUCCAGCCCCUCCUGCUUCGGGUCGGCUCGCAUUGCUCCGAGCUCCCCGACGUAAGCCCGAGGGCUCUCGUGUCACUGGAGAGUGGCCGGAGGUGGCACGGGUGUCCCCGACCGCUUUGUGCUCGGAGAGGACGUGGCGGCUGUGUGAGCGCUACUGAGAUUUUAGUUCUUAGGUAUAUGCAAUAAUAAAUACUCUAACUUGCCACUUCAGCUGUUCGUUACCAGCAGUAGUUCUCUAUGCUCUUUCUGUUGAUGUUUACUAAUGUAAACCCAGUAUUUGUUACUGUAAGGAUUUUUGUACGGUACUUCAAAAAAGGAAAAAAAAGGAGGAAAAAAAAAAAAAACACACAAAUA